AUGGAUGACGGCUCGACAGCUUUGCAUUGUGCCGCCAGAAGCGGCUCUAUCUCUCUGGUGGAGCUCCUACUUGAGUACGGCGCUAACGUGAACGCAAAAACGAACGUGGGUACGACGCCGCUGCACGAAGCGGUCAUUAACCGGAAUGAGGCAACGGCGAAGAUGCUACUAGAAAACGGAGCUAAGGUCGAUGCCACGACCGACAAGAGCUUCAGAACCGACCGUGGCGGAGGUCUAUUCGACCUCAUGACCAUUUUCAUGGAGCAGAAUUCGGAAGCAAGUCGCGAGAUCCAGGAUGCCACCAAAAAGACGGCUCUCUACAUAGCCACCGAUAACAACAGCCUACCGCUCGUUAAGCUUCUCCUUUCUCACAAAGCACACGUCGACGCCUGCACGGAUUUGGGUGCUACACCGUUGUAUGUGGCCACGUUUCGAGGCUACUCCGACAUCCUGCUGCUGAGGAUGGGAGCGGACGUGAAUGGGUGCGACAAGGCAGGCCUGAAAUCGAUACACAUCGCCGCCGCUAAGGGUCAUGCCGACAUUGCGAAGACGUUGGUCGAGAGCGGGUGCGAUAUAGAUGAUGUUGGGGACGGGAGAGGGACGCCGCUGUGGUUCGCUCUCUCCAACCGACAUGAUGCUAUUGUUCGGUUAUUGUGUCAGCAUGGCGCUGAUCUGGCGGCUGAGGAGAAGAAGCUGAAUAUCACAGUUAUGAUUGGACCGAAGCAAAUCUUUUAUGGCAUCCGGCAGUAG